GCCGCUGCUCGAGGUGCUGCUGGUUUGAACUCAGAGAAGCCGGGGUGGGUACGGCUGAGCCGCUGCGUGGGACUGAGGGGAGGGGGCCGGGUGGACGCCGCGGAACUGCGUCCUGAGGUGGGAGACCGGAGGUGGGGACUACUGAGUCUGAUGUCUGGAGGGUCCGGUUGCGGGUCGGAGGGCGUGCUGGAACAGCCGCCACGCGGGAGCCAGGAGCCUCCUGGGUGCGUGUGACCCACGAGCCGGCACCGUCCCGCGGCCCUGGGGUCUGCGAGGAGCCCUGGCGCCGCCCUCCGGCUUCGCGCUUUUUCUAGAUCCCUAGAACCCCAGCCCUCCGCCUACGCUCCGCGCCCCUGGCCUUUUUCUGGCCCAGGGUAGGGUUCCGGGAGUCGUGCCGAAGGAGCCCAUUGCGGUCCUUAACCGGUUGUAAGAGCCUUUCGUGCCCCGGAGCCCUUGAGGCUUGAAUGCUGAGAGUGUGACAUGGUCCUUUCCCUGCAGCCUGGCCCAUUUUUUUAAAUGACAUUUUAAAAAUUAUUGCAUCACACCAGACUCAGAAAAGGAUGUCUGGGAACUUCAGAGGCUUGAAACAUGUUGAAAUACAGAAUUUUGUUUUAUUCGUAAUGGGCAUAGGAACUAAACAUUUUAAGUGCAGACAUCUGAUGGCUAUAAAAAGUUUCAGUGAAAGCUAUUUCGUGUAGUGGAGCCCAUGGCCUCCAAGAAGAGGAACUUUCUCUACCACAAGACAAAUUUUGGAAAGGAAUCUGAUUGGCUCAGCCUGGACCACUUUCAUUACUAGAUUAGUCACCAUUAUUAGGGAAAUGGAAAACUCUAAUUGGGUGCUGGAAAUGUAAACAAGAAUAGACUGUUCAUUCCUGAUGGCUUUUAGUCUAUACUAACAUAUUGUUUGUCAUGGCAUCCGAGACUGAAAAGACCCAUGCUUUACUGCAGACUUGUAGCACUGAAUCUCUUAUUUCCAGCCUUGGUCUGGGGGCAUUUUGCCUCAUAGCUGACAGACUUCUUCAUUUUUCCACAAUUCAGCAAAAUGACUGGCUUCGUGCUCUCUCAGAUAAUGCAGUACAUUGUGUAAUUGGCAUGUGGUCAUGGGCGGUAGUCACUGGAAUCAAGAAGAAGACUGACUUUGGAGAAAUCAUUUUAGCUGGAUUUUUAGCCUCUGUUAUUGAUGUAGACCACUUUUUUCUAGCUGGAUCCAUGUCUUUAAAGGCUGCUUUGACUCUCCCGCGAAGACCUUUCCUUCACUGUUCUACUGUGAUUCCCGUUGUGGUUCUGACCCUGAAAUUUACUAUGCACCUUUUCAAGCUCAAAGACUCAUGGUGCUUUCUUCCCUGGAUGUUAUUUAUAUCCUGGACUUCACAUCAUAUCCGAGAUGGGAUUCGUCAUGGUUUGUGGAUAUGCCCGUUUGGAAAAACUUCUCCUUUGCCAUUCUGGCUUUAUGUAAUAAUCACAUCAUCUUUACCUCACAUCUGUUCAUUCGUUAUGUAUUUAACAGGAACCAGACAAAUGAUGUCUUCAAAACAUGGAGUUCAUAUUGAUGUCUGAGGUAACCACAUGGCAGUCUUAGAGAAGCAAAUGGCUCAGAUGAUGAUAAUUAAGAGUAGCCAACAUUAAAGUUAAUUUUUAAAAAUACAGUUAGGUGUUUAUAUUAUUUAGUUAUUAUAAUUCUGGAAUCCUCUUGCUCAGGAAGCAUAUACAACUUUUUAAAAAAUUAUACUUGUUAUUAUUCUACUUCUCUCUUCUAUGACAACUCUAGUGCAAUAUUAGAGUUUCAUUUAUUCCACAAUAUAUUUUUAUUGUUUUUUUCUGUUUAUCUGGCUUUACUAGUAGUUCUUUUAGAUUAACAUCCAGUUCAUUUUCUGGAAAUAUACCUGGAAUUUAGUCCAUUUCCUAAUGAAAAACAGCUCAAAUUUUAGGGUAACUAAUUUGUAAAGAGUUAACAUUAUAUUUGGAUCCAAUUUUCCUGAGAUAUUGAAAUAGUGAAAUCACCAAAUAAAUGAUAUGAAUCAUUUAACUAUACAAAUGUAUAGUUAAUGCUAACAUGUAUUUAUUUUCAUAUAUGUUGAUCCUGAGUGAAAUUUAAUUUGCAGACUGCUUUAUGAGUUAUGAUUACUGGCAAAACCUUCAGAGCACUUGUGACACAUCAUUAUAAUAUCCAGUAGCUAACAUUAGAUCUAGCUUAUUAUUUCAGAAAUUAAUUUAGGAAAUAAUUAUUAAAACACGUUGGCUACAGUAACACUUUACUGAAGUAGUAUUUUUUGGUAUCUCUAGCCUAGAAUCUCAUGUAUUAGUUUUAACUGUUUUGAAAAUAAUAAGUAACAUUAACAAAAUAUUGAUAUUUGGAUCAUAACCAUAACAUUUGAAUUCAUGCAAAAAAAAGACCAGAAAUGUCAUUUCAAAUGUAAAUUCCUGAAUGUACCAUUAAAAUUAUUUUAGUUGCUAUCAGUUUGUUUAUAUACUAUUUUAUAUACUAUUCUAAAAUAUUUUACUCUGCCUGAUACUGAAAGACAGCAUAUAUUUUUUUCAAAAUAAAGUUUUAGGAAAUUUGCUUUUUCCUUUUUCUUUCAGGUUGAUCUUCUAUUAAAAUGAUUCCUCUUUAUUAGAGAAGGAAAAUUUAGUUGCUAUACAUCUUAUAUUUGCAAAGUUUAUUAAAGUCAGUGCCCUAAAGGUACCUGCUUUUCUUUGUGGCAUAUGUGGCAUCUGCUGUCUUCAGAUUUUCUUACAGUUUUGUGAUUUAUAAUGUUAGUGAUUGGUGCCUUAUUCUCUGAGGAAAGAUGGAGGGUUCAUAAAGCAAUGCCUUAUCCACAGCAGAUUUUCUUGUAUAUUAAGUUAAACAGAAUUCUGUAAAUUAUUAUGAAGGUUCAAGCUCUUUAGGGGAGCUUUUUUUCUUGUUAACAAAUUGGGUGCAAUCUAUUAUAUUUUGCAAUUGAUUAGAUAUUACAGUCUACUUAUUUUUCAAGAGUAAUUAUUGUAUAAGUUUGGUUGGUAUAAUGGUAAAUAUUAUAUAGUGGGGGUAAAUUUGAUUAGAGUUUUUUUUUUAAGCACUGGCUUCAGAAAUCCAUGGAAAUAAAGUCUGUAUCUUGUGUAACAA